AGACCAAGUUUUGAUCUCUUCUUUUCUCAUCUUUUAUUUCUUGCAACCGAUUUGGCUUGAUUUGUUUAUUUUGUAUAUUUUUUUCAGUGAUUGAAUUUAGAACAGAGAUGACUUUGAUUAGUUUGCAUUCUUAGAGAUAUUUAAGUUGCGGACGAACGUGAAGUGCAGGACCAACGUGUCCAGCUGGUCAUGUUCACAGCUUCCUCUUCCCAGCACAAACUGACCACAGUUUAUUCCUUCUUUCCUCUGUAAGUUAGUUUAACAGUGCAGCGUGGAGUAAAAAACAUGACAAAGUGUGCAAGAGACAAUCAGUUAAUCACUUGAAGAGGAAGGAAGUGAAGUUUUGAUCAGAGCUGCCGUUAGCUCACUGGCGUACAGUCCAGUCUGUCCUCGUCAGUGAGUAAAUAUACACCCGUUUUGUACGAGGCUACAACCGCCAUGCUGUUGGCAGAUGCUGCGCGUUUCUUUGCAGGUUUCGUCCUGCUCACGUCAGGGGUUCAGGGACAAACAAGCAGGAUCUGUGCAUUAAAAGGCUCAUCAGUGGAUCUGACCUGCUCACCUCAACAUCCCGCUUCACACGUAAACUGGUACACUGUACACUGGGAUGGAUCUGCAUUUGUUCGGGUUGACUUCUCUGGAGAUGGAAAUCGCACGACGUACAACACGUCUGGAGAGACUAACUUCACUCUAACCAUACAUGAGCUACGAGUCAAUGAUACAGAUUUUUACUGCUGCGGUAACAUAACAGACAACGGAGGACACUGCUGGUACAAUCGGAUUCAGCUUCGUGUUACAGAGCUGCAGGUGAAGGUGAUUCCCACCACAGAGGGACACACAGUAACACUGAUGUGUAGCACCAGCUGUCCUCUGACUGGAAACCCUGCAGCCUACAUGUGGUACAAGAACAGAGAGUUUCUCUAUCAGGACUGGUCUCCCUGGUACCAACAGCUGGUCAGCAGUGAGGAAGCAGUCAGAUACUCCUGUGCUAUCAAAGGCUACGAGGAUCUCAGAGCCCCUGAAGUCUCAGUGGAUUCUGUCACAUCAAGCUGCUUUAAGGUGACCUAUGCUGGAGGCACAAUGUGUUCUUCUCAGCAGACAUCAGUGGAUGAGCCCUGCUCCAUCACAUAUCCAACAGAAGUACACAUUCAAAGGACUUCUUUGGAGGUGGAGUCAACCAGACUGACCUGUACCCCCAACUGUCCUCUAACUGACCCCCAAACUGCCUAUAGGUGGUACUGGACGAAAAUAUUGUACAAAUACUCUAACAGCCAACACUUUACAGUUCCCGGCUUUUCCGAAGUCUCCUGUGCUGUUAAAGGCCACGAGGAUCUGCGCUCUGCUGAAAUCUGUAGCAAUGGUACCUGCCUCACUGUGAACUAUGUCAGCAGGAGGGUGUGUGCUGUUGAAGGCUCUUCAGUGAACAUUAUAAGUGAAUACUCUUAUCAAGACAGAUGGUCGACUUUAGUUAAAAUUUGGUAUAAAAUAAAGGGAAGUAACAAGAAUGAAGCCGAAAAGGUGAAGAGCGGCAAAGGUCGCCUGGAGCAUCACGACAGCAUGAAUGGCAGACACAUCCUGAGAAUUAGGAAGCUGAGAAAGAAUGACUCAGCAGAAUAUAUAUUCAGCCUCGAGGGAAAACACGAGAAGUGGAUGCCACACGAUUAUCCUGGAGUGACUCUGGUUGUCACAGGUCUGAAUGUGACAGUGACUCCUUCUGCAGUGGUGACAGAAGGUCAGAGAGUCACACUGACCUGCAGUGCCACCAGCUGUCCUCUGACUGACAACACAAACUACAUCUGGUACCUGGACAGUCGACCUCUGACCCUGCCACAGAACCAAAGCAAACACCUGCUUCUAGACCCAGUCAGCUGGCAGCAUGCAGGAAACUACUCGUGUGCUCUGAGAACGCAGAAGAACACCAAAUCUCCUGAGAUCACUCUCACUGUCGAAGCUCGAUGGAUUGUAAAUGUGGUGAGACUAGUAGUUGCACUGCUGAUCCCGAUUCCUCUUCUUGUCUUCCACCUGUGGAUGAGACAGCGUCGCAUUGUGAGGACACGUCGAUCGUGAAUCCUGCAGCACAGAGUGAGCCAGCAGGCAGCAGGAAGACUUUGUGUGAUGUAUGGCUACAUGUUUAUAUAUGCAGACACUUUGCACAGACUGCAAAAACUGCCCAUAUUUCUCAUUUAAGAGGGUGAGAGAUGGUCUGAACAGUGCAAAGGCAUCUCUCAAGUCAAAGCUGUAUAUUUUGCUACAGUUGUGAAGUAAAAUAUUUGGAUUUUUGGAGUCAGUGAUGAGUUCGCAUUUGUCAGAUGAACAGAGACGUGAUUACAUUUUCAGUAUUUUCUGCUUUGAACAAGCGUUUAUUUGAUAUUUAGUGUGUGAAAUAGUGAAAUGAAUGUUAAGCAUAUGCAAACGUUUUGUGUUCUUUUUAAAGAGCGGAUCAUGCAGCAGAGCAGCAGUAUGACCCUGACAUUCUAGAUGUCUGUGCUUACGGCUUUGCACAGUGCAGAUAAAAUGUCUGUCUUUUUGGCAAGACAUGAUUCAAGCACUGCAAAGUGCUGCAUUGCACCUGUAAACUCAAAUUAUGUAGUACAGCCAGUUGUGAAGACACAUACAUUUAUCUCAUGUCCUCUCUUAUCUACUUCCUGCCUCAGCAACCACUGGAGGUCAGACUCAGGUGAUUCACACAUCAGGUUGUGGUGGCCUGAUGCAUAAUGCAGGUGACGGGUAAAGUUUAUCAGGUGCUGUGAUGAAACAAGCAGGGAAUUGUUGCAUACCGCUGCCACCGUUAUAAAAUGAAUCUACUCUGAUUUAGAUUAACAAUUUUAAUGUUACCAUUAAAUAUUUUUCUUUUCAUGUUUUAUAUUUUUAAUGGUAUAUUCAUCUCUUUGUUUACUUGUUUGUUUUGCUUGUCUGAUGAUGUCUUGGCUGUGAAUAACUUGCUACAAGUGUCUUUGUUUUCUUACUCCCAUGCACAUAUCCAUUCACUUCUAGUCUUUAUCUUGUUUUUACCAUGAUUGUGCAGAUUAAAAUUAAAUU